GCUGCAUUAACAAGAUGAAACCACUCAAUAUCGCGGUCUGCCGGUCUUUGGACUAGUACAGGUGCAAUUCCUUCCACGUUGUGUAGGCUUCUUUUUUAUUUCAUAACCCAAAUUGCAUCGAUGACCUACUAUAGACUAACGGAAUAGUUGGGAACAUGUAAUUACACCUUCCCUUCUUCGCCCCUCUCUUUUCCACAUAUCUCUCACGUACACACACAAUCGGUGGAGUUGAGUCGGCUAGGUUAACAUCACUCGUUGCUAGUUGAGUGUUGGUUUCCACCAUCAGGAAAUGGAGGAAUGAGUGUGUAGCGAGCGACACAGAGGGAGGGGAAACUGACAAGACGUUUACUGCAAGUCCCACACAGAACGUGAGCAAGGUCUCCCAGUUCCAGCGGCAACACUUGAAACAAAAAGAUGAGUGACGAAAAUAGACUUAAAGUUGAACUUUUUGUGAAGGCAGGCAGUGAUGGCCAGAGCAUUGGCAACUGUCCAUUCUCCCAGCGCCUCUUCAUGGUGCUGUGGCUCAAAGGAGUCACUUUCAACGUCACCACCGUGGACAUGAAGAGGAAACCAGAGAUCCUUAAGGACCUGGCCCCUGGUGCUCAGCCCCCCUUCCUGCUCUACGGGACGGAGGUGAAAACCGACACCAACAAGAUAGAAGAGUUCCUGGAGGAGAACCUGUCCCCUCCAAAAUACCCCCGCCUGGCUUCCAGGAACCCUGAGUCUAACACAGCCGGCCUGGACGUGUUCUCCAAGUUCUCAGCCUACAUCAAGAAUUCAAACCCCCAGCUCAAUGACAACCUAGAGAAAGGCUUGCUCAAGGCCCUGAAUAAGCUAGACGAAUACCUUGGCUCCCCACUUCCUGACGAGAUUGACGAGAAUAGCGCUGAUGAUGUCACUUCCUCCUCCCGUCCCUUCCUGGAUGGGCAGGUCCUCACUCUGGCCGACUGCAACUUGCUUCCCAAGCUGAACAUUGUCAAGGUGGUGUGUCUGAAGUAUCGCACUUUCUCCAUCCCCAAGUCUCUCUCCAACCUGUGGCGGUACCUGGAUGCUGCGUACGCCCACGAGGAGUUCUCCUCUACCUGCCCCAAUGACACAGAGAUACACAUCGCCUACUCAGCCGUGGCUAAAGCACUUAAGUAGGAGGACAAGGGGAUCACAUCAGUCACACACACCAGCAAAUACACACAUACACACACACACACCUGAUCAGAUAUCCUAGACACACUCACCAAUGCACUCACACAUACAGGCACUCCCUCAGACACACGCACACCAUUCCAACAGUCUUUCUUGAGAACAGGAAAUCAAUAUCACUGUAAGAUCAAGUUGAACAUUUUUCAUUGGCCACUUAAGAGUUUGUGAAACUCUCUGAGGCGUAUAGUUUAUGGUUCCCUUUUUGUCACGUGGCACAUAAACUCUUUAUACUGUGUAAUCAGGGGCAGUUACACACAGUUAAAGUUGUAUACACGGGCAGUAGGUUACAUAUGGUUGCAUCCAACUGAACGUAUAGUGGUCUGUUCAGUCUCUAUGAUUAAUUCUGCACUGCAUACAUUGCCACAUUACCCCCUAUUAGUUUCCAUCUCUCGGCCAAGCCAUAAAAAAAACUGUUCCUGUUGUGAUCACACACAGAUACGCAUACCUAGACCAGUUUAACUGCUACCUGCAGCUGAAAGAGAGAGGUUAGUUAUAGGCGUGUCUACAAUUAUACAUUAUUACCGACAUAUUAUUACAGUGUUGAUAUAUUGUUCAGGGCAAACAGCCGUUAACAGGGUGGAUGACAUGGUCAGUUUGAACCAGUCAUUUUAUACAUGCUAAAUGGUCAGAAGUUAGGCUCAGGGAACGGGAAAGCAGGUCUUGGGCCAAUUGCAGUACAUUGGGGCACACUAUACAGAGGUGUUUCUCAGCACACAUUUAUCCACACAGAAAACGAUUUCAACAGAUCUCGGCUUCUCCUUUCUCCGGCUUGUAGCGCUGUGAAGGGUUUAUCAAGCUUAUGUCCCCAUUGUAAGGCUCUUUUGCUCGUGAAUCAACUCAAAUUGUAUUUGUCACAUGGGCUGAAUACAACAGGUCUGUAGACCUUACAGUGAAAUGCUUACUUACACGCCCUUCACCAACAAUGCAGUUUUAAGAAAAUACCUUUUAAAAAAAAGUCAAGAGAAUAAAGUAACAAAUCAUUCAAGAGUGGCAGUAAAAAAAACAAUGGCGAGGCUAUAUACAGGGGGGUAAUUUAAAGUGAAGGAUAUUUUUGAUACAAUAAAAAAAAAAAACUGUGAGAGGCUCAUAUUGCAGAGCAGUUGAGUUACUCCAGACAAAGUAAUAUGGCUAUUUUCGCUGCUUUAUGUGAACUUUAGGUUAUUGAGGAAGUACUUGACUCUGUAUGGCCUUGAGGCACCAAGCCAGUUCAGUCAUGUUUCACUGUAAAUCUGAGGGAAAACUACAGGAUGUAAUGCAGACGUGCACACAUGACUAAACCAUAAACGUCACCUUCAUACAAAUUUGAGAUGUUCUUUGCAUAGAUAACUGAAACUGACAUCUCCAAGGGGAGAAUGCUACGGGAUUGUGAGUUUGUACUCUUUGAUAUGGUUAAUGACAAUGGAAGACUCAAUUCAACUUGAAAAAAGAAAAGAGUUUGAACCUUUAGUGAGCCAAAGGAAGGGUUUUACUUGAGGCCUAUUGAGGUGGGUGUUGUUUAGGUUGUUUAAAUCGACAACACCUUUGAACCUACUACCGUCCUGUGCUUUGUAGUGCACACUUUGAAGUCUUCCAUUUUACAGUGACUUGAAAUUCAGUCCCCUGGGAAAGAACUGGAAAUAUUUGUUUGGGUUCUAUACAAUCCAUAUCAGCGUAUCAAGUUCAGCGUUACAGCGUGAUUGACAUUUAAAGGCAAUGUUCCGGCUUUAAAGGAGAUUGUAUUCACGCUAUGCCGCUCAAUCGGAAAUGAGCUUUCUAUAGUGCAAUCUUCAGCGAAACAGAUUGAAUAGAGCGCUCAGACUGACUCAUAGAUGGUGCAGUCUCAUGGCACUGACUUAAAAACAGCCUUGUUUUAAGCUGAUCCAAUUUGAGUGUACAAAACCUUUGUGUACAAAACAUUAGGAACACAUGCUCUUUCCAUGACAUAGACUGACCAGGUGAAUCCAGGUGAAAGCCAUGAUCCCUUAUUGAUGUCACCAGUUAAAUCCACUUCAAAUCAGUGUAGAUGAAGGGGAGGAGACGGGUUAAAGAAGGAUUGGAGACAAUUGAGACAUGAAGUGCGGUGACAUGCACAAAAUAAUAUGAUUAUUGUGGAUAGUCAGGUUAAUGUAGUAGUUUGCUUAAAACGUUUACGUGCUUUGCAAGAAUACCAAUUUCCCUAAUGAUCCUGUUUACAUGGACACAUCUGAAGUCAGGCUACCUGAUGGGACUUUUGAUGAAUGCAGAAAAUAGCCAAUCAAAAUAAACAUUCUACCACAGUAA